AUAAGGGAGCUCAGCGCUGCCUGCUGUCCGAACCGGGAGCGCCGGAGUUGCUCGCCUUCCUCGGCUUUUUGGGGAGGGGUCCUCUAGAUUUGGGAUGGGGACUUUCACGGGACAUUACGAAUUCUACGUUGGUGUGGGUUUGGCGAUCGCCUCCAGCCUAUUUAUUGGAAGUAGUUUUAUCCUGAAAAAGAAAGGACUUCUCCGCCUGAGUGGCCGAGGGGCUGUCAGAGCAGGCCUGGGAGGUCAUGCAUAUCUGAGAGAAUGGCUAUGGUGGGGAGGAUUAAUAUCCAUGGGGAUUGGAGAAGCCGCAAAUUUUGCGGCCUAUGCUUUCGCCCCAGCCACGCUGGUUACUCCUCUAGGAGCCCUUAGUGUUUUGGUCAGUGCGGUUUUAGCCUCCUAUUUUCUGAACGAGCAGCUGAACAUCCAUGGAAAGAUUGGGUGCCUCUUGUGCAUUUUGGGAUCUACUGUGAUGGUGAUCCAUGCUCCUCAAGAGGAAACGGUGGCCAGUCUGGAGUCAAUGUUGGAGAAACUGAAAGAUCCAGGAUUUAUCGUCUUUGCCACCUGCGUGCUGGUGAGUUCGGCUCUUCUCAUCUUCGUGGCCGGACCUCGCUACGGGCAGAGGAACGUCCUGGUGUACAUCCUGAUCUGUUCGUCCGUCGGCUCGCUCUCCGUUGCUUGCGUCAAAGGAUUGGGCAUUGCCCUGAAAGAGCUGUUCGCCGGCAAGGCCGUCUGGAAAGAACCGUUAGGCUGGAUGCUUUUUCUUAGCUUGGUGGUCUGCAUCAGCGUCCAGAUCAACUACCUGAACAAGGCCUUGGACAUCUUCAACACUUCCGUGGUCACCCCCAUCUAUUACGUCCUCUUCACCACAGCUGUCAUGACCUGCUCUGCCAUUCUGUUCAAAGAGUGGCAGCAUCUGGUCCUCAUGAACAUCGUGGGCACCAUAAGCGGCUUCCUCACCAUCGUGUUGGGCAUCUUCCUUCUCCACAGUUUCAGAGAUGUGCCUUUCACGGCAGAUCUGCUGCCCGUCUUCCUGAAACAUAAGCAGAAAAAUCUACCGGGGACUUCGUGUCUUCAUCAGCCUCUCCUGGAUUCAGAGGACUUGCCGAAAGGGAUGGAGAAACCAGAGGACCAAGACAGUCAAUGUUUAUGAAAGCUAAGGUUGACUAAAAAUCCUUUAAGACGGGGUCCCCAAACUUGGCAGCUUUAAGACUUGUGGACUUCAACUCCCAGAAUUCUCCAGCCAGCAUAGCUGGCUGGGAGUUGAAGUCCAGAAGUCUUAAAGCUGCCAUGUUUGAAGACCUCUGCUUUUAAGUUCUUUCGGAAGUUUCUAAAACGGUUAUUUCUUCUCCCCGGAGAAUCCCCCCGCCCCCCGGCAAUGCAGAACUCUUUGGGAAUCGUCUGUAAGUCUCGCCUUUGUUGCUAAGGCCUCCCAGUUUUUGACUCAGUCCUUCAGACUGGACAGACAUGUCGGCUUUUGCUCUUAAGUGAUUCCUGGCUGCUGCUUCCUUCUGGAGAAUUGGAAUGUGGACAUUUUACCACUCAGGAGAUCGUGAGUUUCACAGCUAACUACCACUAGUGGUAGAGUCGUUGUGUUCGUUCCUCCCACGGCCACUUAAGUGUUUUUAUACUGGGAGCAUAGUUGAUAGUAGUCCUAUUCGAUUCAAGCUGAUAAGACUUGCAGUGGCUCUGGCUUUUUUUUUCAUGCUUCCAAAAAAGAGCAUGCCAAGUCACAUUUUGUGUACAUGGAUAGGAUUGGGGGGGAGGUAUAUAGAUAGCCUAAAGGGACACGGUGGCUCAGUGGCUAAGUCGCUGAGCUUGUCGAUCGAAAGGUCGGCAGUUCAGCGGUUCGAAUCCCUAAUGCCGCGUAUAAUGGGGUGAGCUCCCGUUACUUGUCUCAGCUUCCACCAACCUAGCAGUUCGAAAGUACUUAAAAAAUGCAAGGAGAAAAAUAGGGACCACUUUUGAUGAGAAGGGAACAACGUUCUGUGCACCUUUGGCAUUGAGUCAUGCCAGCCACAUGACCACUGAGACGUCUUCGGACAGCACUGGCUCUUCUGCUUUGAAACGGAGAUGAGCACCACCCCCUAGAGUCGGGAACGACUAGCACAUAUGUGCGAGGGGAACCAUUACCUAUGGAUAGCCUUCAGAGCUACAAAACCACUGUUGAAAGCAUAUAGUUAUAUUAAAAGUGGUUGGGGGAAUGUGCUGAUAGGUGUAUUGUUUUAAAAAUAUGAAUACGUCCAUGAGCCCAAGAAUGGCCAAGCAAAUCUUGUCCCAUCGUGGGAAUGGAAGAGGCACCCCAGAGAAGAAGGGUAGGAGCAAGAGACUGACAUCAAGACGGAGAGGAACAUGGAAAAGGCAAAUAUUUUUUUCCCUCUUUCCCUUCUGAGUGACAGAUACAAACUGGAAGAAUGUAGAGGAAAAUAAAAUGGAAUGGCUGUUGACCUUGAAGCAGUGGUGGGUUCCUCCUGGUUCCGCCAAGCUGGUAGCGGUGAUGAUAUGACAUCACCGAACCGGUUCUGCUCUCCCCUGCCCCCCGCCCCCCACCCCACCUUCCCAUGUUAUUCUUACCUUUUAUUUGGCCCCACCCCCAAUCUAUUGCUGCCUCCUGAGUCCCAGCUGAUGGGCUAUAAGGAAAAACUGUUUAAACUCUUGCCGCGGGGGUUCAAAGGACCGCCCUAUAGCUGAUUAGUGGUAAAAGGCAGUUUGGUGGUAGACCAGUGCCUCCAAAAACAAAUGAGUAGACUGGUGCCUGCAAAAAUAAAUGGGUAGACCAGUGCCUGCAAACAUACAUGAGUAGACCAGUGCCUGCAAAAAUAAAUGGAUAGACCAGUACAGCUCUGCAAGCAGUUAAAAGCCUGGUAGACCAAUACCUCUGCUAAAUCCUAAAGAAUUGUCACAUGACCAUCAAGCCAUGCCCACAAAAUAAGCCACACCCACAGAACUGGUAGUAAAAAAAUUAAGAACCCACCCCUGCCUUGAAGGCAGAGUCACCAUAAAGGGGGAGUAUUUAGCUGUUUAAACAAGGCACCCUGUGGAAAAAUAAGCAACAAGUCUAUUGACGUGUUCCCAAAUGUUUUUUACCCUGAAGAUUCCAUUUUUUUUCUUACUCUCUGGAUCCAUUACAAUAUUCUGCUACCUUUUGAAUGUACAAAGCCUUCUAUAGGCUUUGCCUUAAGCUUUACAAAUUAUUUAAAAUAAAGUAUUUUCUUUAUACGACACUAAGGUAUGUUGCAAAUGUAAAAUGUGACUUUUAAAAGCAUUAUUAAAGGAGUAUUUUUCAAAUGUG